AUGCUCGACAAACCCGUUUCGCGCCCCAACGACCUCUCCGCCUACUGGAUGCCGUUCACGGCAAACCGGCAGUUCAAGCGCGCCCCGCGCAUGAUCACCGGCGCGGACGGCAUGCAUUAUGUCACCGAUGACGGCCGGCAGGUGCUCGACGGCAUUGCCGGCCUGUGGUGCGUCAAUGCGGGCCACAACCGGCCGAAGAUCGUCGAGGCGAUCCAGACCCAGGCCGCGACGCUCGACUAUGCCCCCUCCUUUCAGAUGGCGCACCCGCGCGCGUUCGAACUGGCGACGCGCCUUGCCGACCUGUCGCCGGACGGUCUCGACCACGUCUUCUUCACCAAUUCCGGUUCGGAAUCGGUCGAAACGGCUCUGAAGAUGGCGCUCGCCUAUCACCGGGCGAAGGGCGAUGGCGGCCGUUUCCGCCUGAUCGGCCGCGAGCGCGGCUAUCACGGCGUCAAUUUCGGCGGCAUCUCGGUCGGCGGCAUCGUCGCCAACCGCAAGAUGUUCGGCACGCUGCUGACCGGCGUCGAUCACAUGCGCCACACCCAUGACCUGUCGCGCAACGCCUUCGCCCGCGGCGAACCCGAACACGGCGUCGAACUGGCCGACGAUCUUCUGCGCAUCGCCCAGCUUCACGAUCCGUCGACGAUCGCCGCUGUCAUCGUCGAACCCGUCGCCGGCUCGGCCGGUGUGCUGCUGCCGCCGAAGGGUUAUCUCAAGCGCCUGCGCGAGAUUUGCGACGAGCACGGCAUCCUUCUGAUCUUCGACGAGGUGAUCACCGGCUACGGGCGCCUGGGCACGAAUUUCGGCGCCGACUAUUUUGGCGUCAAACCGGACCUGAUGACGACCGCCAAGGGCCUGACCAACGGCACCGUGCCGAUGGGCGCGGUCUUCGCGGCCAACCACAUCCACGACGCCUUCAUGUCCGGCCCCGACCACAUGAUCGAGUUCUUCCACGGCUACACCUAUUCGGCCCAUCCGCUCGCCUGCGCGGCGGCGCUCGGCACGCUGGACACCUAUGCCGAAGAGGGCCUUCUGAGCCGCGGCGCGGAGAUGGCGGACUAUUGGGCCGACGCGAUCCACUCGCUCAAGGGCCUGCCGCAUGUCAUCGACACCCGCAAUCUGGGCCUGAUCGGCGCGGUCGAACUCGAACCGAUCGCCGGCGCGCCGACCAAGCGCGCCUUCUCGGCCUUCCUCGACGCCUAUCACAAUCAUGACCUUCUGAUCCGCACGACAGGCGACAUCAUCGCCUUCUCGCCGCCGCUGAUCAUCGAGAAGGAACAUGUCGACCAGAUCGUCGACCGGAUGACCAAGGUCCUGACCGCGCUCGACUGA